GCCACGCCCCCGCCGCCAGCCUGCCAGCCUGGGGUCGCGCCCGCUCCUCAGCCCGGGGGUCUGAUCGCCCCGCAAGCCGGGUUCCCGCAUGCCUCGCAGCCGGGCGACUGCCCAGAGCUGCCGCCCGACCUCCUACUGGCGGAGUCAGCGGACCCCGCGUCCGCCCCGGCGCCGGAGGAGGAGGCUGAAGGCCCGGUGGCAGUCCAGAGCCCCCGCGGGCAGCUGGGCGUGGGCCAGAGCCCGGGCCUGAGCCCGGGCCCAGGCGUAGUGCUGUACCUGUGCCCCGAGGCACAGUGCGGACAAACCUUCUCCAAGAAGCACCAGCUGAAGGUGCACCUGCUGACGCACAGCAGCAGCCAGGGCCAGCGGCCCUUCAAGUGCCCCCUGGGUGGCUGCGGCUGGACCUUCACCACUUCUUAUAAGCUCAAGAGGCACCUGCAGUCGCACGACAAAUUGCGGCCCUUCGGCUGCCCAGCCGAGGGAUGUGGCAAGAGCUUCACGACGGUGUACAACCUCAAGGCGCACAUGAAAGGUCAUGAGCAGGAGAACUCAUUCAGAUGCGAGGUGUGUGAGGAGAGCUUUUCCACACAGGCCAAGCUCGGUGCCCAUCAGCGCAGCCACUUUGAGCCCGAGAGGCCCUACCAGUGCGCGUUUUCUGGCUGCAAGAAGACGUUUAUCACAGUGAGUGCCCUGUUUUCCCAUAACCGCGCCCAUUUUAGGGAACAGGAACUCUUUUCCUGCUCCUUUCCUGGCUGCAGCAAGCAGUAUGACAAGGCUUGUAGGCUGAAAAUUCACCUGCGGAGCCACACGGGCGAGAGGCCUUUCCUAUGCGACUUUGAUGGCUGCGGCUGGAACUUCACCAGCAUGUCUAAACUCUUAAGGCACAAAAGGAAGCACGAGGAUGACCGGAGGUUCACAUGCCCUGUGGAAGGCUGUGGGAAAUCUUUCACAAGGGCCGAGCAUUUGAAAGGCCACAGCAUAACCCACCUGGGCACAAAGCCUUUCGUGUGUCCGGUGGAAGGCUGCUGUGCCAGGUUCUCCGCUCGCAGUAGCCUCUACAUACAUUCCAAGAAACAUCUGCAGGAUGUGGACACUUGGAAAAGCCGUUGUCCAGUCGCCACUUGCAAUAAGCUCUUCACAUCCAAGCACAGCAUGAAGAUGCACAUGGCCAAAAGGCACGACCUUGGCCACGAUCUCUUAGCUCAGCUAGAAGCUGCAGAUUCUCUUACGCCCAGCAGCGAACUUACCGGCCAGGGUCAGAGUGAUCUCAGUGAAGCCGAGAUAGUGUCUCUCUUCUCUGAUGUUCCUGGCAAUAGUUCUGCUGCGGUGCUGGACACAGCAUUGGUGAACUCUGGUAUCUUGACUAUUGAUGUGGCUUCUGUCAGCUCAACUCUGGCAGGAAACCUCCCUGCCAAUAAUAAUUCCUUAGGGCAGGCUGUGGACCCUCAGGCCUUGAUGGCUGCCAAUGACCAUCCUCAAAAUCUGGAUACCUCUCUCUUUUUUGGAACCACGGCUGCUGGUUUUCAGCAGAGUCCCUUAGAUAUGGAUGAUGUCUCAAGUGUGAGUGUGGGGCCAUUGGGAUCUCUGGGCUCUUUGGCCAUGAAAACCUCGAGUCCACAGCCCCAGGCUUUGACACCCAGCAGUAAGCUAACAGUGGACACAGAUGCUCUGACUCCCUCGAGCACCCUUUGUGAAAAUAGUGUCUCAGAACUACUGACACCGACCAAAGCAGAAUGGAGCGUACAUCUUGGCCCUGACUUCUUUGGACAGGAGGAAGAAACUCAGUUUGGAUUCUCCAAUCCAACCGGAAACCAUGGUUCUCAGAAAGAAACAGAUCUUAUCACGGUGACUGGCAGCUCAUUUUUGGUAUGAACCAACUCUAUUCAUUCUGUGCCUCGUGGCGUACUUUUACUAAGCUCAAUCUUCAGGGUAUAUUCUGGACUAAGCGUUCAAAUGCAGUCAUUUCUUACUGGUUUGGAAAAGAACUGCACCCUGAACAACAAAUUUGGAAUUAAAUUCUGAUCUGGUGUCUGGAACUGACAAGUUGCAAAACCCUGAGCAAGUCACUUACCCUAUGUGAGCCUUAAGGUCCUUAUUUGUAAAAUGAGGUGGUUUGAAGAGAUAGAUUCUAAGGUAUUUUAAGCCUUGUGAUUUUUUAAUAAUAUUUGUUACCUUGAAAAAUAUGAGGACAUUUUUAAUGAUGAUGAUGUUGUGUUUUUCCAAACAUGUAUAAAAGUUACAUAUUAUAAUAACAUUCACGUCAUUUGCAACCACUGCUACAACUUUUCAUGAACAAUAUGAUUUAAGAAUUCUCUACUUAAUCCCCCUUCUUCAGUAUUAUUUUUGAACAGAUACCAGAUAUCAUUUCAUCCAUAAAUUUUCAGUAUAUUUCUCUGAAGUAUAUGGUAAGUCAUGGACAGAAAACUAUAAUUCCAUUGUUGGUAACAGUAAUUAACAUUAACAAUAAUUCCUUAAUACCUGUAGAUAUGCAAUCAUGGGUCAGACUUUCAAUUGUCUCUUUAACUUUUAAGAUAUUGUAAAUAAUUUGGAUAUAUAUGUCAUCUUUUUAAUCUUUCUGUCCCUUCAUCUUUUUUUGUCAUUAUUUACGAAAUGAGAUUUUUCACAUGUAUCAUCUUUCAUAGUCUAGGUUUGCUGAUUACAACUCUGUGGUAGCGUUUACUUUUUCUAUCCUCUCUUUCCUCAGUUUGGUGGUUGGUGAUUUUUUUUUUAGCGUGAAUAUUUCAUUUUCAAAAAAGC